GCCGAGUUUCAGCUCGUUGCGCAGAGUGAGGUUGCAGGCGCAAAUGCUGGGGUGCGACACAAUACAAUAAAAGAAAAACAAAUUGACAUAACAACAGUAAUAUAUACAAUGAAUAACACUAAUGUUUUUAGCAGCCUAAAACGGUUAAAAACAGCGGUUUCUGCUCCACUUCAAACGCUACAUUCGAACAGCGGAAACUUCCAAGCCUCGAGCAUCGUGGCAAAGAAACUGUAGACGUAGUGUUUCUUUGAAGAGGACGUCUGGGCAAGUCGAAGUCUGGAUAUCAGAACGUGAGCGGGGAGGUAAACAUUGAGCAAUGCAGUGAAACUAUCUUGCAGCAGCAUCACACAAAGAAAUGGUACGCAAUGCAACGGCCUUUGUACCAAUGCCUCAGUCUGCCUUACACGCUUGACUUGCGAUCGCCUUACUAAAGCCAGCUGAGAUCCAGCUGAGGCAGGAGGUUGGGACAGCCCGGAAUUUGGAUGAAACAGUGGGACAGUGGCAUCAACAUUUCCUUCAGUAGUGCCUGGGGUGCCAGGACCCACGGUGAUCAUGGAGUCAGGGAGCAGCUCACCAUCUUUUAUGUAAUGGAGCACAUGUAUACUGCCCUCCAACUCAGCUACCUUCUGGCUCAGAAUCUGGCAGCCAUCGCAUCCAGGCAGAGUGGGGCAUGUCCAGUUCUCUCCGGUUACUGAGGGCUGAACUCGAGCUCUCCAAAAUACUCUCACAGCACUCAUAGACAAUUGUCCUUCUCCAAACAAACUCCUCUCUGCUCCCAAACAUGGCUCAUAAACUCAUAAAAGGAGCAGUCACAUUGAAUGGUGACAGAAUGAAGACUGAUCAACAAGGGACAAGCCCAGCUCCCCUGAAUAUGGAGACGGAGGCUGCAGAUGGCUGUCCUGCCAGUAAUGGCCCAUGCUCCCCCACAGAGGAGCAUGCCCGGAUGCUAGUGGACCUGUCAGUGACCAUGCCCACCAGGCUACACCCUCAGCCUCCAGACUCCCCCAGCGUCCCUACAGUCAAGCAAGAGGAAGGUGGGGAAGAGGAGGGGGAGAAGAAUGGCUUAGAGGAGGCAGGCAGAAGUGUCGAGGAAGUGUCUGGAUUGGAUGAGCCCUCGACUGACAGCCCCAACAACGUACAAGAUGGAGAUCCGCAGACAGUAGGGUCAUGUGACACUGGGACUCGACUACCCAAUGCUGGAGACGAGAGGCCAUUCCACUGCAGCCAGUGUGGUGUCUCCUUCACCCAGAAGGGCAAUCUGCUGAGACACGUGAAGCUCCACUCUGGCGAGAAACCCUUCAAGUGCCCCUUCUGCAGCUACGCCUGCCGCCGACGCGAUGCCCUGACCGGACACCUGCGCACUCAUUCGGUGGGGAAACCGCACAAAUGCAACUUAUGUGGGCGGAGCUACAAACAGCGGGCGUCUUUGGAGGAGCACAAGGAGCGCUGCCAUAGCUACAUGCAGAGGGUCAAUGCAAACUCUGCCCCAAAUUCUGGACCAUACCAAGCAGAGGAGUCUCUUAAGGAACAGCAGCCCUUGAUGGACGCCGUGUCCAUCGCGUCCUUUGACCGCCCGCCCGUGAUCGAGAGGCUGCAGGGCAAUGUGGGAAAGAGGAAGAGCACCACGCCUCAGAAAUUUGUUGGUGAGAAGCUUAUGCACUAUGGCUAUCCCGAGCAGCCAUAUGACAUGGCCCUGAAGUAUGAUAAGGAGGCGGAACUUAUGCAAGCCCAGAUAAUGGACCCGACUAUCAGCAGUGGCGUCGCUUAUCUGGGUGCUGACCCCAUGCGGCCCCUCCUCCACCACCCAGCCUUAACUAUGAUCAACCCCCUCUUCCCCCAGAAUUACAGCCUAGGGCCCCGUGAUGCCCCGCUCCCACCGCCCCCUCCCCCAGAGCUACCCCCGUCCUCCAAUGGCCCCCUCUCCCUGGUCCGUCCCAAACACCCCCUGGCACGCCACGGUGAGUCGCCUAGCAACAGCCGCCCGGGUUCCACGGGCUCUGAGCGCGGCAGUCCUCCCGAGAGGGCGGGCCAGCGUCUAAACCACACCCCCUGGGCCGGAUCCAGCCUCGCCCACCACAGGAAGGAGGCGGCGGAGCCCGGUGAGCAGGAAGCAGCCAGCGACCGCGCAGAGGGCAUCCGCGUUUUCAGCCGGGAGGGGCGUGAGCUGCGGGCAUUCCGCUGCAGGCACUGCCGCGUGCUCUACCUGGACCACGUCAUGUUCACUAUCCACAUGGGCUGCCAUGGUUACAGGGACCCCCUGGAGUGCAACAUCUGCGGCCACCGCAGCGAGGACCGCUACGAAUUCUCCUCACACAUUGUCCGCGGAGAGCACACCUUCCAGUAGAGGGCAGCAGCUGACAGACUGCGCUCAGAGGAAGGGCCAUCCUUCGUGCGAGUCUCACUGAAGCUAGGCCUGUGCAAACAUCCACCGACACGUACACUGGGCCUGCGUAUGGCGGUCUGAAGUCCAAAUUUCUCUGGUACCCCUGCCCUUCCUCUCGCAAAAAUCUUGCCUUCUUUGCUACUCCAACAAUCUCAUACAUGUAAAGGGACUCUGCUCAUUGCAUGCUGAUAUCCAUUUAGCAAAUGUGCUAACAAUGGGCUGCUGUAUCAGUUUUUUUAUACCGCUCACUAAUGUGCUUAGCCCACUUGGGCUGCUACAGUUUAGCCCUUUUGUGGGCACGCCAUAGAUUUUAUUCUAGGGUUCAAAUUUAAACAUUGUUGGGCUAAUGUCCCCAAAGAAGUAUCAGGCCAUCUGUUUCACUUGACCAGAUGUCCAACGGACAAAAUCACAGAUUGUAAAACAGCCUAUUAGGACCUGGUACAGCCUCUCAGUAAAGAGCUGAGGACUCUUGGGGAAGUGGGAUGAGCGUUAUCAUAAGGCAGACUGGUCUAUGGAAAAACACUUUUUUUUUUUUUACAUAAGACUGGUCUUAUGGGAACGGGAGGCAAGCUAGUGACUGUCUCACCAGAUGGGGCUGGAUGGAGUGUGACAUCAAGCAGUAGAUGACGGAAAUCUGUAGUUGAGUCAUUCCAAGACAGGCAAUUUUGCCACACUCAGCUGAACAUCCGGAGGGCAGACGCCCUGCCAAGUACAAGCUUGCUCACCACCUCCUUUACCAAAGCUAUGAACACCAGUCUUCUUCCUGUGACAGACUUGUGGUGACUGAUCUGGAAACACAUCUUUAGUUGGUCUUGAAAUGGACCUUCUGCAUCCUCUUUAAAAUCUCUGUACCAAAAAAGGGUACGAUGAAGACUUUUGCUGAGGACUAGAGGCAUGUCUCAUACACUGUGCCUUGUAAAUAUGAAAAAAUGGUACAUAAGCACACACACACACACACACACGCACUGCAAAGUCCCCUAGCCACUCAUUAUUAAGGAUUUUGUUUUUGGGCUGUUCCAAAAAUGAGUGAAAUUAACUGAUGAAGAAGACCAAUAUCAAUCCUAUAUAAUUACUUCAAUGUGCUGUUUUCUCUUUAUUUUUUCUAGAAAAUGUGAACAAAAAAAUAUGUGACAAGGCAGUUAUUUUAUUUCAUUUAUUUCCCAUUAGACUUUGUAUAAAUAUAGUCCACAGACAGGAUCCAUAAAGUUUGGGAUUCUGAAAAAGAAAUGAAGCAUUUUUGUGAAUACUUGAAUUACACAAAAAACUGAACAUAUUACUAUGUUGCAGUUAUGAUAAUGAAAAUGAAAUGAAAAUACAAUAAAUUAUAAAUUAUUUUUGGAUUAUUUGUGAUAACUGGCGAUCAGUGACCUUGUAAAGCAUUGCAGAAGUAUAUAUAAUGGGAUAAGUACAUUUAUGUUUCUUAUAUUUAUGUUUUUUUAUAUUUCUUAUUUUGGCUCGUAUGUAUAAAUUAACUUUCAAAUGGCUUUAACUGUCAAAUGGCUUUAAAUAUUGAAAUAAAUUGUGGGAUGCCA